AUGUUGUACUCAAAACUGCUCUCACUUUUGAUGAUCAUUUCGGCAACUUAUGUAGUUUCCGGUGCAUAUCGUUAUAUGGGGUGCUAUCGACAAGUAUUUUAUGAUAGUUAUUUCAUCAGUUCCUACAUGGAACCAAAUUUAUGUUUUCGUUUAUGUGAAACACCGAUAAUCUUUAUCCAAGACACAGUAUGUCGCUGUUCAGGUAGUGGUCUGAUGCAUUACGAUAGACACGCAGACAGAUAUUGUUCAACACUAUGUAGACAGCCGGGUAAUCCUCAAGUAAAAACAACUGAGAAAUGUGGUGGUACAGAAAUGUAUUCGCUUUAUGCUGAAGAAAAUUUUUACGCACGACAUGCUCAUUUACUUGAAUAUCGAAUUCAAUAUUCAUCAUGUCAAUUUUGGAAUAGAUCUGAUUAUUAUGAUACAUCUAAAGUUAACAUUGAUGGAUUAUCUACUAAAUCUCCAUUGAAUAGAUUAGAAACAUGUGCAGCUGCAUGUCUUGAUCGAAAUUCUACGACAACAUCUAUCGGUUUCAAUGGUAAUGACAAUCAAUGUUCAUGUAUAAUACCGAAGCAGUUAAAUGAAAAUUCUGAUCGUUCACUUUAUUUAACAAUUUUAUCGACUGAUAAAUGCGAUCGACAUUGUAAAAAUAUAGUGGCUAAUUCAAAAGUUCAACAUCCAUUUACCUGUGGCUCAUCAACAGAUCAGCGUAUAUGGGCUGUAUAUAACUUAACUGAUUUAUGUCCGACCGAUUCUGUCUAUAUAAAAGAAUUGAAACACUGUAUGUUUACAAACACAGACAUUUUUGAUUCGUGCCCAUCACCAUCAGUAAAAUAUGUUUACAAUGGAAAUUUAACAUGGAAUACCUUUCUGAAAGUUAUUAAAAAAUUUAAUUUAACUAAAUCCAUCGUUUCCGUCGAUUUUGAUGAUGAUGUUAUUAUUGAUUCUUCGUGGAAAUGCCCAAUGAACAAAACAGACAAUAUAAUCAAGUCGAAUAUUUCUGAUACAAACUAUUUUCAGCAAAGCUCCAGUGUAAAUUAUGUAUUGGACAGUGGCUGUUUACGUGAAAGUACAUAUUCAGUAUCUUCACGGAUGCCAAUGAAUUAUUUAUGUGUAACAUAUCCAAUGAAUAAGAAAUCGCCCCUGGAUGAUGAGCCCCAUUUGCAUGGUAGGUAUCGUUAUAUAAGUCGAACGAUAGUGGCCUGUCCGCCGAAUUGGUUUGAUUUAAAUAGACAGUGUUAUCGGAUGUCAAAUGAGCCCAAAAACAUACAAGAAGCAAAAAAUACUUGUUUCAGUAUAUCUGAAUCUGAAGAAAAGGAAAACCUCGGACAAAUUGAUCGACUGGCUCUUGAUACUGAAGAGAAGAACGAAUUUGUUGAGGAAUUCAAGAAAUUUAUUAGUGAUUAUCUCAAAGGUGAAAUCGUUCAAUAUACAUCCCGAUGGCAAACACAUCUUGGCUUUUAUCUUCUUGAUACAAAUGCAUCAAAAAUUGAAUCAAAAAAUGCAAACCUUGAAGAAGCUUCCAUGUAUCCGCUAUCAAUACCAAUCAUAAUACUACCGCCACCGGUACCCGCUGUAGGUAUUAACUCUUCGUCAAUAAGUGAAUUUCAAAUGAUAAAUCCAAAUGAAAAUAACAACUCCACCGUGAAAGAUGAUUCAUGUAUAGUUGUCACACGACCGACGGUGGAUAAACAAGGAAGUUCUAUUUUACAAACUACUCAAAUUAACCAUUGUUCAAAACCAAUACAUGUUUUGUGUAGAACAAAAUCAAAACCGGGUGUAGGAUUCCAUCCUGUUUGUUUGGAGAAACCAUUAACACUUGGCUUACCAGCAAUGAUAUCAAAUUAUUUAACACAUGAAUUAUGUUUAUCUGUUUGUAAAGAAUUAAAAGUAAAUGUUGCUGUUCUACAUAUGAAUAAAUGUUAUUGCUUUAUUUAUGUUCCCACACGCUCCUCGAUACUCAAACCAAGCCAUGAGAAGUAUCAAAAACAACAUUGUGGAAAACCUUGCCCGGGUAACGAAAAUGAAUAUUGUGGUAAUGACCACACAAUUGUUGCUAUCAACAGCAAUGAAGUUACAUCAUCGUUCAUAUACGACAACACUGAUACAUUCAAACCAUCACAUACAGACUUCAUUCAUGACGCUUGCAUACAUGUCGACUCAGUCAAGCAAUCGACAAUGUAUGGAUUCUAUUUGAAUCGCCCGAAUGAUGUUCACCCGCGCCAUUGCUUAGAAUUAUGCACGAAGUAUGAACAAAAAUAUGCGCUUCUCAAUGCAAAGAAAUGUUUAUGUACAAAUAUUCAAAUACAAACAAGAGAAACGGAUAGCUGGCUCUCACCUCGAGAUACUAAUUGUACGGAUGAGUGUCAAGGUAAUUAUUUUUAUUCAUGUGGCAAUAUCAAUAAUUCGUCGAUAUAUUCUGUCUACUCGAUGCAGAAACAUUGCCCUACUGGUUUCACAAUUCCUAAAGAUGGCCAAUCAUGUGUACGUGCUGAUGCAACAGAAAAGAAAACAUCUUUUUCGAAUGCACAAUCCUCCUGUGAAUCAUUUGGUGGUAUGAUUGCUAAGAUAAAUGAUGCUUUGGAAAUUCAACAUUUAGUACCCAAAUCUACGCUAACUGGUGAUAACUUUGGAAUAUGGCCCUACUCGUCUGUUUCACGAAUACCUAAACGAGUACAAUACUUUUGGAUUGACCGUACAUCAAGCACCUCAAUUAAGGAUGCAACAUUAGAUUUUUCGAUUCCAAAAUGCUCAAUGAAAACUUCAGAAUCAGUUGAUCGACAUUGUAUUGCGGUUAUUUUUGAAAAGACGGUCAUCCAGGAUGCAGUAUCUUAUGAUCCUUGUAUCAUUGAAUCCAACGAAUGUUCGUCCACAUCCGCUGUACCAGUUUGUGUUGAUAAACAUUUGAAAUCUGAUCCAACUUUUAUUCAUUCUACAGAAGUUGGUGAUGAUUCAGUUGUUUCAGUUAAUACAACAAUCGAGUAUUCUUGUGGUGGUGAUAAAGAGUAUCAUCUAGUAAAUGGAUUCUGUUAUAAAAUAAUUGUUCACGAAACAACUUGGCAAGAGGCAAAAUCUCAAUGUGAACGUGAAAAUGCGGCGUUGUUUAUACCGGAAAAUUUUAUAGCAAUAAAAUUGAUAAAAUUAUUAUUUUUACGUGAACAGAGUUAUACAUCAUCCGGUUUUGCACAUGUUGGUGUUACUUAUGAUAAUAAAAAUAGUACUAUUAAAAAAUCCAACACUAAUAAUGCAAGUAGUGUAGUGGAUACAAUGGAGAUCACAAGUCCUUAUUUUUCAUGUGAAAGCACAUUUCUUCGUCAUUAUCGACAAUUAAUGUCAUCAUCAAUUCUAUCAACGAAGGAAAAAGAACGAUUGAAAAAUGAACAAACUGCUUGCGCAUAUGUCGAUGUCCGAUCUGAAGACAGGAAAUAUGUGUUAUGUGACGACAUACGUUGUGAUCGAUCGGCCACUGUUAUAUGUCAAAAAGCGCCCAUAACAAAAGCACGUACAGUUGUAGCGAAAAGUUCACCGAUGAAUAAGCAAUUCAAUUUGCAUACGUCUUCAAAGCCAGCCGGUACACGUUUUCCAUUAACUCUCUUCCUGUGUGUAACCCUAUUUGUUGCCAUGCUAACUGGAUCGGUAUACAUAUUAUACAAUCGUUAUUUAAAACAGAAGAAUAAUACAAGACUUCAAACAGUACGAGACAACGACGAUUCCGUUUAUUCUCCAUUGUCAACUGGAAAUGAUUUUGAUUUACAUUAG